AAUGAAUUAGGAAGAUGUUGCAAUUGCAAAAAAAUGUAUUAUUGUGGAAUAGAUUGUCAGAAAAAAGAUUGGAUUCAACAUAAAUUGGAAUGUAAAAUUUAUAAAGAAAAUUUUGAUCAACUCAAUUUAACUGGACUACAAGAGGAUUUACUUUUUCGACUUAUGUUACGAUUGAAUAUGUUCUUGAAAGACAAGCCAUUUCGUUUGUGGGAACAUCGUAAAUUUUUAAACGAUGAAAAUUCAUUUGUAUGCCUUAUUGAUAUCAAAAAUCAGAAACCUCCAACGUUCCAUCGGAAGAAAUUUUUUCAUUUUUUGUCCAUGGGCCAACAAUCCAACUCAAGGAAUAUUGACUGGACGAUAAAGAUGUUAUGUCGUGAUAUAUGUUACGACUAUGGUUUGAAUAUUUUCAAUUAUGAAUUGCAACCUUUAGGCUUAGGUUUAUAUUUGGCCGAAUCACAAUUGAAACAUUCCUGUUCACCAGAUGUUUCAAUCUUGUUCAAUGGUACUCAACUUGUAAUGCGUACAACAAGACCGAUCAAAUCUGGUGAACAAAUUACCGUCAAUUUUUUUAAAUUUAUUAAUGAAACAAUACCUUUUAAAUCGGGACCAGUAUCGAUGAUCCUUCCUACUUUGCCACAUCCAUGUGAUGAAUGUGUAUCGAAAACUUCAAUGAUCAAAAAAGAAUUGAAUGAAAUGUAUGAAAAAGCUAUGUCCAGCUAUUUGAACAAAAUAUUUGAAUUUCCAAUUUUUAAGAAAUAUUUGUCAUUUAUAAGCCAGUAUUGUAAUGAAUGUGAUUUUGGUCUACUUUUACUAAAAAUUAUUAUAUUAGAAAAUUAUGCACUUGACAAUGAUGUUGAAGAAUUAUCGGUUGUAGAAUUGGCAAAAAACCUAGAAAUUACACUUCCGUCUGUUUACAAUGAAAUAUUUAAAAAUAUCUAUUUUGAUCGUGAAGAAGUGGCACAUGUUUCCCUUAUGAAAGCAUUGGCAAAUGUUGAAUUCAAUGUUGAAAAUUGAAAUAUUUAAUCUCAUCAUAUCUAA